AUGUCUCAAGAAGAAGUGAGUUUCCCCAUCAAGUUGAUCACGUGGUCGCCCCAUAUCAACAGCUCAACAAGCAUCACCACGCCGGUGCUACUCCAGGAUAAGAACGGCCCUUGUCCCUUGAUCGCUCUCGUGAACACGCUACUUUUACACCAAGACAUCACUGCAGUCGAGGAAAUCGUGCCAUUGCCAGCUUCGAAACAGACCAAGGCGGUCGCCAACCUCAAGUCGGAACUCGUGGAAUACUGCCACACUAAUGCCAGCCAAAAGAUCAAAUUGGACGAGAUUUUGCUCUUGGUGGGCGACUUGCUCUUGACGUUUGCUGAAAAACUGCCGAAGUUGAACUCGCGAGUGGUGGAUCGGUUAUUGCUGCAAUUGCCGAAGUUGCACACGGGCUUAGAUGUCAACCCGGAUCUUUUGGAGGGUGACUUUGCCCCGAGCUUGGCGACGCAGUUGUUUAGUAUAUUUGAGUUGCAGUUUCGUCAUGGUUGGAUUGUCGACCAGAAACACAAAGAGACAAGGGUAGUUGAUGACGAGGAGGAAUCUGUGAGCCGAUUUGAUGAAGUUGGAGGUGCUGGCGAUGACGAAGAUGAUCACGCGCAGUUGGUCAAGACUUUAAGGAAUUUGAAAACUUUUGAUGACACCCAGGACUACCUUUUUGUCCAAAGCGAAGACAAAAGCCCCGAUCCCGAAACAAUACGAAGCCAUAAUUUGAUAAGCAGUUGGCUUGAUGAAAACUGCACUCAGCUCACCCGCGAGGGACUCACCAAGUUGAACUCGGACUUGCACAAGAACCAAUUUAUAAUAUUUUUCAGAAACAACCACUUCAACACCUUGUUGAAGCGGGGAAAUGACGAGUUUUACCUCCUCGUGACUGAUUCCGCAUUCAGAAACAAGUCCUUGAGCAAUCAGAUUGUGUGGCAGAGUCUAACUUCGGUCUCGGGACAAGGAGAUUUGUUCUUCACGGGGGACUUCUCACCCGUGUUGGACAUCGACCAGGACUUGAGCUAUUCUAAUAGUAAUAGUCUAGCAGCGGGUAGCCACCAUGGGUAUGGGGAAACUUUUGAUUCAGACUUGAUGCUCCUGAGACAACUUCAAGAAGAGGAAGAUGCUGCGAUUGCGAAACAGAUGCAGGAGAGGUAUAACAAGAGGCAAGAACGGUCGCAGCAGGGACAAAUGGGCCAAACUACGCUGCAGCAACUUGAUGACAAGACACUGUUGAAGCUGAAGCUAAAACUGACGCUGAAACAGAAAUCUGCACAACCCACGCAAUUCGCACAGCCUACAUCAGCCAUGACGUCCGAUGAAAAGACAGUGCAGUCAGCAGAGUUGACUCCAAAAGAAGGCAAAAAGAGAAAGAAACUAUUUGGGAUAUUCAGCAAAGGCGGGUAG